GCAUCUUAACCGUCACACAAUCUCCACCAUGUCACCACCGGUCAUCGCGUCCCUAUCUCCCGCCGCCGCUCCGCCUCUACUAAAGUCUCUACACUCAGCAGAACCACCACCUCAACUCUCCCGACCCGAAAUCACCUCGAUAUCGCGCCGCGCAGCCGCCGUUUUGCUCUCCUCAGUCAUCAUUCCCAUCCUCCGACCGCCUCUCGCCUCCGCAUUCUCAAUCGGCAUCUCAGGACCGAAGGAGUGGCUUAAGGAGCAGAAGAAGAAGUCGUUUAAAUUUCUGUUAGCUCCGGUUGAUGCCUCACGCAACAUCCUUCAGUCCGCCUACCUUUUGCUCAUGAAAAGUGAAGGAGUUUUAGAUGAAGGUGAAUUGGACGAAUUUCAGAAUUUGUUGGUUUCUGCAGCUAGAGAUUGUGUUCCUCGUGAUAGAAGUUCUUUCGUUGAAUUACAAGCCAAUACUGGAGUAGAGGUCUGCACAUUCCGGUUGAUUGUGAAAAAUGCAGCGUCCUUGCUUGACGACAACGACCCCCUCAAAUUAGAAGCUGAAUCCAAGCUCAAUGAUCUCAUAAGAUCAUUUUCUUCUCUUAGUGGCAUGGCUCGGGAAGAAAGUGUUCAACUUACUUUGAACAGGAAGCAAAGAGUUGUAGAUGCACUUAAGGAUACCAUAUCUUCACUAAACAACUUUGAGCAGGGUAUCAAGGACUGUCUCCAAGUUUGAUCAUUCCAUUUCUUGCUAAUGUUCUUAGCGCGACUUCUUUUUAAUGUAAACUAGUACAUUGUAGAACAGGUGGUUUAUUUACAAUUUUAACGCCAA